AUGGCUCCGGCUCAACGACGAGGGCCUUGGGUACCUGAGGAGGAUCAAACAUUACUGCAGCUGGUACGCAGUCAAGGUCCGAAUAACUGGGUGCGCAUCUCACAGCACAUGCAAUAUCGAUCACCCAAGCAAUGCAGAGAACGAUUUCACCAGAAUCUGAAACCUACACUUGAAUCAUGA